AUGGGCCUAUUACUCAACAAAUUAUUUGUAUUUAAUAUAACGGAGAACGGUUUAUCCGAAAAUUCAACGGAAAAAGAUCGCGACAGCAAUGAACUGGCACUGGCGGAGAUUACGCUCAUUGUGGAGCCGAGUAAUUUUUCUCAUAUUGCAAACGCAGUGACUGCAAAGGAUGCAUGGGAUUCGUUAAUGGCCGCGUAUGAAGACAGCGGUUUAAUUCGCAAGGUAGAGCUUUUAAAAAAGCUGGUGCAGUUAAGGCUGGAACAGUUCCAAUCGGUACAGGAUUAUGUGAACGAGAUGGUCAUGACGUCAAUAAAGUUGCAAAAUGCAGGUCUGGACGUAGGUGAUGAACUGGUGGCAUCAUUAUUGCUUGCUGGGUUGCCUAAUGAGUAUCAAGCACUCGUUAUGGCUAUGGAGAAUUCGAAAGCGAAAUUAACUUUCGAUAGCGUUAAAA